AGUCAUCCUAAAUCUGUAUUUUCACAUGCAGUAUUCCUCUGGCUUUCCUGCUUCAUUUUGAGUGCCAAGGACUUCUUGUUGCAUUUAGGAGUAUGUGUUGCACAGGGAAGAUUUUAGCAUGGUGAAUGGGGUCUCUGCUGUUCCUCUGCACAUUAUCUUGAGAGUAAGGCAUAACAGCAGCGAAGGGGAAUUUCACAGAGAACCAGAAUUUUGAGUAAAAUUGAAAGCAGUGACCGAAGAGCCAGCUGUGUUGACUUUCUCAUUUUGCAACUUUCUCCAAUAGUUUGUUGUCUGAAGAGAGGCCAGAACACCCAUUUAAUUACACAGAGGAGCAAAGAGAGAGGAGUUUAUAACAUAUUUAAUCUCAUUCAUGAAUCGAACUUCCUUUUUAAGUCAUGGAUGACAAGGCUUCUGUUGGAAAAAUCAGUGUCUCUUCAGACUCGGUAUCCACUCUUAACAGUGAAGAUUUUGUCUUGGUUUCCAGGCAAGGGGAUGAAACACCAUCUACAAAUAAUGGUAGUGAUGAUGAAAAAACAGGACUGAAGAUUGUGGGGAAUGGAAGCGAACAGCAGCUGCAGCGAGAGCUCGAAGACGUGCUGAUGGAUCCACCCAUGGAAGAUCAGUCCAGUGAGAGGGACCAUGGAGAAGAAGUCAGAACUGAUGGAGAUGGGGAAGAACCUGUUGUCCUUGAAGCAUCAGCAUCCUCUACCAUUAACCCAGUGUCAGUGGCAGGACUCCAGAAACCAGAAAUGAGCUUGCCAGUGAAACCAUCCCAAGGAGACUGUGAGGAUUUGAGCCCGUUCACACCCGUGACAGACGAGGACAGCGUGGUGUUCAGCAAGCUGACCUACCUGGGCUGUGCCUCGGUGAACGCCCCGCGCAGCGAGGUGGAGGCGCUGCGGAUGAUGUCCAUCCUGCGCGGCCAGUGCCAGAUCUCCCUGGACGUCACCCUGUCGGUGCCCAACGUCUCUGAAGGGACUGUGAGACUUUUAGAUCCUCAGACAAACACAGAAAUAGCAAAUUAUCCAAUCUAUAAAAUCCUUUUCUGUGUACGAGGGCACGAUGGAACCCCUGAAAGUGAUUGCUUUGCUUUCACUGAAAGCCACUACAAUGCAGAACUCUUCAGGAUUCAUGUCUUCCGAUGUGAAAUCCAAGAGGCUGUGAGCCGAAUCCUGUACAGCUUUGCCACUGCCUUCCGGCGCUCUGCCAAACAGACCCCGCUCUCUGCCACUGCCACGCCCCAGACUCCAGACAGUGACAUCUUCACCUUCUCCGUGUCCCUGGAAAUCAAAGAAGAUGAUGGGAAAGGUUAUUUCAGUGCAGUUCCCAAAGACAAGGACAGACAGUGCUUCAAACUCCGCCAAGGGAUUGAUAAGAAGAUAGUGAUUUAUGUGCAACAGACAACAAAUAAAGAACUUGCUAUUGAAAGAUGUUUUGGCCUUCUCCUUAGCCGUGGGAAGGACGUUCGGAGUGGUGACAUGCACCUUUUGGAUUUGGAGUCCAUGGGUAAAAGUUCUGAUGGGAAAUCAUAUGUGAUCACUGGAAGCUGGAAUCAAAAGUCUCCACACUUCCAGUUUGUAAAUGAAGAAACACCAAAAGAUAAAGUGCUGUUCAUGACCACUGCUGUGGAUUUGGUGAUAACUGAGGUGCAGGAGCCUGUUCGGUUCAUUCUGGAGACUAAAGUCAGAGUCUGCUCACCUAAUGAGAGGCUGUUCUGGCCCUUCAGCAAACGGAGCUCAACUGAAAAUUUUUUCUUAAAAUUGAAACAGAUAAAGCAAAAGGACAGGAAGAACAACUCGGACACGUUGUACGAGGUUGUGUGCCUGGAAAGUGAGUCAGAGAGGGAGAGAAGGAAAACCACAGCCAGCCCCUCUCUCCGCCUGCCCCAGUCGGGCUCGCAGGGCUCCAUGAUCCCAUCUCCUCCAGAGGAUGAUGAAGAGGAAGACAAUGAUGAACCACUCUUAAGUGGUUCUGGAGAUGUUUCCAAAGAGUGUGCAGAAAAAAUCCUUGAAACGUGGGGAGAGCUGCUGUCCAAGUGGCACCUGAACCUGAGCGUGCGGCCCAAGACGCUGUCGGCGCUGGUGCGGAGCGGGGUCCCCGAGGCGCUGCGGGGCGAGGUGUGGCAGCUGCUGGCAGGGUGUCACAACAACGACCACCUGGUGGAGAAGUACAGGAUCCUCAUCACAAAGGAGUCUCCACAAGACAGUGCCAUCACCCGAGACAUCAAUCGGACAUUCCCUGCUCAUGACUAUUUUAAAGAUACUGGGGGAGAUGGCCAGGACUCCCUGUACAAAAUAUGCAAGGCCUACUCUGUGUAUGAUGAAGAGAUUGGCUACUGCCAAGGCCAGUCAUUCCUCGCUGCUGUGCUGCUGUUACAUAUGCCUGAGGAGCAAGCUUUCAGUGUUCUGGUCAAAAUCAUGUUUGAGUAUGGACUCAGGGAACUUUUCAAACAGAACUUUGAAGAUUUGCACUGCAAGUUCUAUCAGCUGGAGCGCCUCAUGCAGGAAUACAUUCCUGAUCUGUAUAACCACUUUCUGGACAUCAGCCUUGAAGCACACAUGUAUGCUUCCCAGUGGUUCCUGACCCUGUUCACUGCAAAAUUCCCUCUCUACAUGGUCUUCCAUAUUAUUGACUUACUCCUGUGUGAGGGAAUAAGUGUUAUCUUCAAUGUUGCACUGGGAUUAUUAAAAACUACCAAGGAUGAUUUGUUGCUGACUGACUUUGAAGGGGCUUUAAAGUUCUUCCGAGUGCAGCUGCCCAAGCGGUACCGCUCCGAGGAGAACGCCAAGAAGCUGAUGGAGCUGGCCUGCAACAUGAAGGUGAGCUGGGAGGAACUGCUGUUCUCAGCCUGGGAGCAGCUCCUGGCUCCAGCUCCAAGGAUUAGCCAGAAGAAGCUGAAGAAAUAUGAAAAGGAAUAUCAUACCAUGAGAGAGCAGCAGGCUCAACAGGAGGAUCCUAUAGAAAGAUUUGAGCGCGAGAACCGGCGCCUGCAGGAAGCCAACAUGAGACUGGAGCAGGAGAACGACGACCUCGCCCACGAGCUGGUCACCAGCAAGAUUGCACUGAGGAAGGACUUGGACAAUGCAGAGGAGAAGGCAGAUGCCCUCAAUAAGGAGCUGCUAAUGACCAAACAGAAGCUGAUUGAUGCAGAAGAAGAAAAGAGGCGCCUGGAGGAAGAAUCUGCUCAGCUGAAGGAAAUGUGUCGUAGGGAACUAGACAAGGCAGAGUCAGAGAUCAGAAAGAACAGCUCUAUUAUUGGUGACUACAAACAGAUUUGUUCCCAGCUGAGUGAGCGACUGGAAAAGCAACAAACAGCAAAUAAAGCUGAAAUUGAGAAAAUACGGCAAAAGGUGGAUGACUGCGAGCACUGCCGCGAGUUCUUCAAUAAGGAAGGCCGUGUGAAGGCUGCCAGCACUGCCAAGGAUGGUUCAGACGAGGACACAGAUGAGGAGAAGGAAACACUGAAGAACCAGCUGAGGGAAAUGGAACUUGAGCUGGCCCAGACCAAGCUGCAGCUUGUGGAGGCGGAAUGUAAAAUACAGGAUUUGGAGCACCAUUUGGGUCUGGCCCUGAAUGAAGUACAAGCUGCAAAGAAAACGUGGUUCAAUAGAACAAUAAGCUCUAUAAAAACAGUGACUGGAGUCCAAGGAAAAGAGACUUGUUGAAAAGCAGUUCUGUCAAACACACCUUCUUAACACAACACCUUUUGUUGCCUUCCUUGGCCAGAUGUUUAAUUCUGAGACAUGAGAGGACCAGAAUGUAAAUAUAAUAGAAACACAGCAUGUCAGGAUUUCAAUAGGUCAGUGAUAAAGAGGAUGGAAACACAAGAGAGUUUUUAUUGCUAGACAUGGGAUGUUCAUACUACUGAUAUUUAACAGGUGAUGUAGCUAGGUUGAAGCUCUUCAGAGAAACACUCCAUUCUGCGUCUGGCUGGAGGCUUUUCACAGACUAGGUACGAGAACUUACCAAACCCUAAUUGUUAAGUUUACAUAUGAUAGCUUUUUUUACAGUUAUAACCUUUUUUAAUAUUUUAUUUGAAAGGAAAAGUGUCACUAACAAAGUUAAAAAGAAAAAAGAAAAAAAAAAAGGAAAAAAUGCAACAAAAAAAUAUAAGUUUAUCAAGAACUACAUCAGUGCCAGAAAGCAGUCCCCAGAGGUAGGAAAUGGAGAGUAGGAGGUGACAUGUUUUGCUUUAUGAAUGGGGAUGAUUUCAGCAUUCCUGUCGAGCAACCCCACUUUGUUUUAGUAGAUGCAGCAUCCAUCUCUCUGUGUUUGGCAUUUCUUUCUGUUACUAAUCAAUUCUAUGCAACUCUGGGCUUUUUUGGCACAGGCUGCCAAACAAAUUCGCCACCGGAGGCUGGGAGACUUGUCAAAGUGCUAGACAAGAAUAAUCGGAAUUGUGGGCAAAUUUCCGUUUCACUUGUGUCAUAUUGUUUGAUCCACAUAUCAACAGCAUUCAAAUCCCCAGCACCAGGACUGCUGAUAAUAUGAAUUAUGUGGAUGGUCUGACAUUCAAUGGAGUCUGUCUGGGUUUUGUCAGGUUUCUGUUUUGUUUUUGUUUGUUUGUUUUUACCCGGCUGUAGCAGGCCUUCUGCGGAGCUCCGACAGAGCUCCCAGGUUUUAGUUUUGCACAUAGGUAUGAAUGGGACAAAGAAACAAUAAACUGAGAUAUAUAUGAGGCAAAAAUCACAGCGUGAGUGUAGCUGCGAGCAUCUCUAGCUGUCCAAUUCGCUUCCCUGGUAGCGUUCUGAGGUGGUGUAGGUCAUUUUUCACGCUCGAUGCAGUUGCACUAAUAGGUGCUAAACGUGCUUGGAGUUCUCAUUCCUUGGAUUGUAUUGAGUUCUCACCAGAAAGCUGUAGAAUGGAGUUUUGCACCUUGUAAUUUUUUUAAUUUAUAAUGGUUUUGUGUUAUGCUGAAGUAUCUAUUGCAUCAGUGGAUAAAUUUUGUGUGCAGUGUGAGUAUAAGCUGGUAACAAUAAGAGGCACUGGUUUGUAUAUAAAGAUAUUUGGUUUAUUUUGUAUUUCUAACUUUUUCUUGUUUACUGUACUAAUGCUAGCUAAUGUACUCUGUAACUACAGGAUAGAACAUGCUAUGUCCAAGCUUUUUUUCCUUAACUGCAUACAUUAUCUCUAUUGUUUAAUACCAAAAAAAAAAAAUACUGUAACUCCAUCAAUAUUAGAUGCGUGGACAUUGUGGUAGCAUACUUGCAGUGUGUAUACUUUAUGAAUUGAAAUAUAAACUAGUAAAAUUGUAUAACUA